UGCAUUGCGUCCAGCUCUCCCUCUGCAAGCGGGCAACAUGUUUGUUUUAACUUGUUUUCCGCGACCACCUGGACUUUGCUGGCUCUCGCUUUCGCCCUUUUAUUGUUGUAUGGCAUUUGGCCACAUAGUAUUUUCAAAAAACUGAAAAUACCUGGACCAAGGCCCUUGCCGUUUAUUGGAACGCUUGCAUCCUUUAGAAAGGGAUUAAUUACUUUUGACCGUGAAUGCCAAGCCAAGUACGGUGACGUCUGGGGGUUGUUUGACGCACGAACACCAGUUCUAAUGGUAACAGACCCUGAGAUUAUUAAAACUGUGAUGGUGAAGGACUGCUACUCUACGUUUACCAACCGCAGGGAAAAUAUUUUGGGAGGACCUUUGAAUGAUGGAAUUACAACAGUUAAAGAUGAGAGGUGGAAAAGAAUGCGCAGCACUUUAUCACCGUGCUUCACCAGUGGAAGACUGAAACAGGUUUUUCCCAUCGUUGCUCGCUAUGCAGACCAACUCGCUGAAAAACUUGGACAAAAACAUUUGGAUGGACCCCUGGAUAUCAAAGCAUUCGUGGCCCCUUAUAGUUUAGAUGUUGUGACCAGUGCCUCCUUCAGUGUUGAGUCAAACGCCAUAAACGAUCCAGAUGACCCAAUUAAUACUCACAUCAAGAAGAUCCUUAACUUCAAACUGUGGCUUUUCUUUUUACUAAUGGUGUUUCCUUUUUGCGGCCGUUUGUUCGAGCUCCUGAAAAUUGAGUUGAUGCCCCGUCUCAGUAUAGAUUAUCUCUACAACAUCAUCAAGAGCUUUAAAGACCAGCAUGGGCCAGAGAAAUCUAGUCGAGCCGACUUCCUGCAGGUGAUGACGCAGAACGAGAUUCCAGAAACGGACAUAAAGAGUGAACAUGAUCAGCCGAGUAAAGGUUUGACUGAGCAUGAGAUCCUGUCCCAGGCUUUAAUUUUCAUCUUUGGCGGCUAUGAAACCACCAGCACCACUCUCACUUACAUCCUCUACAAUCUGGCCACCAACCCUGAUGCUUUGCAGACCUUGCACGAGGAAAUCGACGGCAACCUACCGAGAGACGCUCCACUCCGAUACGAGGAUGUAGUCGGUCUGGAAUACCUGGACCAUGUUUUGUCCGAGUCACAGCGUUUGAUUCCCACUGCACCUCGGCUUGAGAGGGUGUGCAAAAAAACUGCCCAGGUGCACGGCCUCACCAUCCCUGAAGGAACCCUAGUUACCAUUCCAGUGCACCUGAUGCACAAGGACCCGCGCUUUUGGAGCUCACCUGAGCUUUUCAGACCCGAGAGGUUCAGUAAAGCCGGUGGGGAGGAGGUGAACCCGUACGCGUACAUGCCGUUCGGGCUCGGCCCUCGUAACUGCGUCGGGAUGCGCUACGCUGUCCUCACCAUGAAGACGGUUCUUGCCCGUCUCCUGCAGAGUUACACCGUGGAAACAUGCAAAGACACCGUGAUUCCGCUAGAUUUUAAUUGGAUUUUCCAACCGAAAACGCCAAUAAAACUCAAGUUUGUUCCAAGACAAUAAUCAUUUAAAAAAAGGUUCUCUGAAUAUGCGCAGCUUCUAGAAUUGGUCAAUUGUUUAUUUAACAACUGAUGAAAUAAUUAAAUGAUAAUAAUUAAAGUUUUUUCAUCAAGGGUUUAGAAUACUGACACUUGUAUUUUAAUCCAACUGGAAUAUCUGUUGAAUGAUAUGUUUUAAAUUUAGUUCAAGGAAGUGUAUAACAUUGUAGGGGGCUAAUUGGUAGUAAUGGGAUAUAAUAUGCAUGAUUAUAUUACCUUGUUUUGUUUGCUUAGAAAGAAAAUGAAUGUAUAUGUACAGUGAGUGGGUCCUUGUCCAUGAAGGCUGGAUGAUGAAUACUCAUGUUUUUUUAAUUUGUGCUAAAUAUGUUUUGGUGAAAUGUACACUCACACACACACUCACACACACAGCCCUGCUGUUGUUUCUGUAACACGACACACACAACCUGACAGCUGGUUGAAACAACAAAAGCAGAUGAAGACGUAAAAAACUAUGCAACUACGUGAGCAUACGGAGCCGAUGCAGAGAGGCUGAAGUGAGGAUUAUUCAAGUUGAUGAAACUUUGCUUGUUUCUCUUGCAAUAAAUACUUUUUUAAAUCACCUUUUUGUAAGAGGUUCUAUUGGGUUUAAUAAAUUGAUCAAAGCAAC